GGAGUUUACUUUUCACACAUCCCUAAAUAACUCACAUGGACUUCCUGACUGAAAACGUGAAAUACGUUUUCGCCAGAAACACUGCACUGUGAAAUUUUCUUCCACCUUUGUGAUGAAAUGUUAACUAGCCGUGAAAUGAGCAUUCAUUGUGUUGCUUAAUAAAGGCCGCCAAAGUCAAAUGAACUUUGGAUUAUUUCCUGCCACUGUGCAGCUCAGAGGGAUGUUUCCUGUGAGCUCUUCAUCACACGCAUUUAUUUUGGGUAAUGGUACCAAUAACCACUUUUAGCUCUAUAUGUGAAGCAUGCAACACUGACCAGCAGCACACGCUCACCACUGUUUAAAAAUAACCACCUGUUGAGUUUUUCGCCAGCCACAGAAGAAUUUGAACUGCAACAAAGGGUUUUUAGUUUGAUAUCAGACACUCUAAAAGUAGGAUUUUGGGAUUUUGUUUCAUUUCGUGACUCGAGCAUCGACCGCAGAACAAUCGGUGCUUUGCAGAAAACGAACACCGAGGAGAAAGUGAACUUAAAAUAAUUCCUCCGCUGCACGACGACAAAGCACAACUUGCAGGCUGCCUUCUCUCUCAGGCACUGUGGGUGAAGUUAAACAAGGGAUGCAGUAUGUCCUCUGAUUUAACAGACCUCAGUCAUGGUGAUGAAAAAAAAAAAAAAAAAAAAAAGAGGGAGGGGAGGGAAAGAUUUUGAUCACAUGGGCCACGAAGUCAUUUUGAAAGUAUGCUACCAGGGUAAAGCCCACAGAAACACAAAAGCCCCGCAGUGAGCGAUCGCGCCCAUGCAGCCAGCAUCGUUUUUAGGGUUUUGACUCGAUCGGGAGCGACGUGCCGGUGGAUACGAAGCGGACGAGGGGGGGGUGACGACAGCAGAAAUGUCUAAUCAAAGCACGGACUUGCCGUCCACUCAGGCGAGCGUCACCGCUUCAUUUUCCAGCGCCUCCACCAUCACAGCCAUCAGCACCACCAUCGCGGACAACUCCACCUACCCUACCUCUGUGUUAGACAAGAUUGCAGCCAAUGAUGUAAUCGCCAGAGCAAAUUACGUCUACAGCUUCACUGCUGGCCUGGGCUUCUUAGCCGGCUGCUUCCUGCUCUACAGCUUCCUCCAGACCUACAGGGCUCAGAGACGGCUGGCAUGGCUCGACUGCCUCCUCUGGGUCUUUUGUGGCUUCCAGCUGCUGCUCCUGCUCCUCUCUCUCCAUGCUGUGGCCCACAGACCCCACUACCUGAGGACCACGGGUUUGGGAUGUGCUGCUCUCUCUUUCACCAUCAACACAGCGUCUCUGUGCGGCCUGUUCAUUUUAGUCCUCAUGGCGUACGUCCUCACCCUGGAUCCGCCGUCUCACGCCCUGCUGAGGAAGUCUAAGGUCUGUGCGGUGUUAGUGAUUGUUGCCUCUGUGCUGAUCUCUCUGCUGCUAGCUGGGCUCCGCGGACCCAGCGACGAUCUGCAAAAAGUGAGCGAAUGUUCCAUGGAUCCCGUCAGUGCUGGCGUCUCGUACGCGGCUGCCAGGCUGUGCAUGGUUCUCCUGAUUCCCUACAUCCUCCAGCUGGGACUUCUCAUAAGCGGCUGUGUCCGACAGUGGAGAUCUAAGGGGCGUUUCCUGUCCGGCUCCGAGGAAGGUCCUGUGUUCAUCACGGUUGCGGCGGUGAUGUUCUUCUGCCUGCUCUUCUACAGCGUGGUGCUGGUGAGGGGAGCUCAGCUGGUGAGGUACGGGACGCUGAGCCACCACGAGCGGGCGUUUCUGAGCGUGGCAGAGUUCAUGCUGUUCUCGGGGAGCAGCGUCAGCCUGCUGCUGGUGCUGUUCAUGCACCGGCCAUGCAGAGAGAGCCUUCACAGCGCCACCAGGCAGCUGAGAGACUGCUGUCGAAGGCCAGGGCGCGCGCAGCCCACCAGAAACAUCAUAGCCCCACGCAUUGAGGUCACAGACACGCUGCAGGACAUAGAGUCGUAGAGGACAGAACUCUUCUGACGCGCCAACGACGUGUGGGGUCUCGCAUGUUAGAAAUUCUUUAAAAUGUCUUUUUUUCUUAUUGAACAUGUACGUUUUUACAGGUGUGUAUUUUUAUCCUACAGUGACUAUUUUCAAAUGUCUUUUUAUUUACAAAGAAAUAAAUGUUAAUAAAUGUGCA